CCAAAUCAAUGAGUAAAUGGUCAGUCGUUCCGAGUUUUUGCAACAGAUUAGUGGGUCGCGCAAUAUAACGGGACCAACGAUAGCUUUUAUAGAUCACUGAACCGCAGAAGAAGAAAAUCGUCGAACACACGCACAAGUGAGCUGGUCCAGCUAAACCAACUUAGUACGUGUACAUCUGUAUGGAAUUAUGUGCAUACCACAGACUGAAUCGUGUUUAUGUAUAGUAAAGAGCAUACGUCGUGGAGACACCAUAAAAGUGGCUAUUUUUGUUUAAAAAAUAAAAGAAAUUACCUCAGAUGAAAAAUCGCUAAGGUCGUAGCAAAGCAAAAUACAUGCUCACAUACAAACAUUUGUAUGUACACAUUGCUCAAAACCCAAAAAUUCUGAGUUGUGAAAAAAACAGCGAUCGCGGAAAAUUUAUUAUUUUGUAUUCAAGGUGCCUGGUCAACGUCAUUGGACGAAAUAUGUAAAUUCGCAAAAUAAAGUCCGCCCGAAUUGUCAUGAAAAUAGUUGAGACCUUAUAGCCUUAAAUGCGAAAUUCUUAUUUGCGUAGGAAACAUUGCGUUUUUUUAACACAUAUUUAUUUAUUAAGAAUAUUUCAUUAUUUGGCUCAAAUAUUUGAGAGUGUAAAGUGAUUUUGUCUGCGCCCUUGUAUGGUCAGAGUUAUGAAAGUGCAACCGUAUCAAAGUGAAAUAAAUUCGAAAGAUCCCACUUACGCAUUCAAAAAUUGUCAUACCAAAUACGUGAUCGUCGCUCUGGCGAAGGAUCGCAGUUUGAAGGCGAAACUGAAGAAAUUACAAAUUUAUUUUAUGUUUAAUAACUUAUGCAAACGGAAAUCAUUAGAUUUGAAACAACAACUAACUAUAUUAUUGGCACUCAAAACGCUACAGACACCAUUGGUCAUUUAUGAAAGGAGUUUAAUCAGUUGCAUUAAAUCCAGUACAUCGAUUGAAAAUUUGAGCGUCUGCUUUACAUAUUCGGUUUGAAUUUUCGUUUACGACUGAUAAGUGCUGCUGCAUUGGCGUAUACAUUUAGACGAGAUAACUGAACUACAUAAACAUCCGAUUGAGUUCGUUUCAGUCAAGUUUUAGUUCAGUAUACAAAAAUCCCAAAAUGGUCGGUGUAACUGCAGCCGCCAGUGAGCACAGCAUGUCGUCGACAAAGAAUCCCAUGAUUAAGUACAUGUUGAAAGCUCGUGAGAAUCAUGCACGUAUUCAGGAACACGACUACUCCCAUGUAUUUCGUCGGAAGACACGAUUUGAAAUGUUUCGUCUCGCCGUCAUUGCAAUGGCUAUCGAGUUUGCCUAUGCUGCCGAAACAUCUUUUGUCUCUCCCAUACUGUUACAGAUUGGCAUCGAUCACAAACUGAUGACUAUGGCCUGGGGUGUAUCACCCAUCAUUGGGUUUUUCGUUUCGCCCUUACUGGGUUCUAUCAGCGAUCGCUGUACUCUUAAUUGGGGUAGACGACGACCCAUCAUUACUAUUCUGUCGGUGGGUAUCCUUACUGGCUUGAUACUGGUGCCCUACGGAAAGGAUCUUGGAAUAUUAUUAGGAGACAUCGGUUACAAUAUGACAACAGUCAGUAAUUUAACUGUACAAAACGAGGGUUUGGUGGCUGCUUUGAUAUCGGAAGACGCAGAUAACGCUAGUGGACCCCUUCCGUCAAAUUUUAAAUAUGCUGCGAUACUGACUAUUCUUGGCAUGGUCCUGCUGGAUCUGAAUGCUGAUACCUGUCAAACCCCAGCUCGUACGUAUAUGCUGGACAUGUGCGUACCUGAAGAUCAAGCACGUGGCCUCACCACCUUUUCCUUGCUGGCAGGUUUCGGUGGUACGAUUGGUUAUGCUAUCGGUGGUAUUGAUUGGGAGAAAACAAGUUUUGGUGAAGCACUAGGUGGAAACAUUCCCACGGUCUUCGGAAUGGUCACUAUUAUAUUUAUCGUCUGUUACUUUGUCACCAUUACCACUUUCCGAGAAAUUCCGUUGAAAUUAAUCGAGCGAGACGAAAUGUUAAGACCACUUUCUGCUAUGGCUAUUAAAAAAGAACUGAGCAAAAAGAACAAUGCCGUGUUCUACAUUCAAGAGACCGACGCUAUGGAGCUAGAAGCUACAAAAGCAGAGGAAAAUUACAAUUUGGACCCUCUAACUGAAAGCUAUCAAAAUGGGUAUUCGCCAUCUAUGGGAAACGCUAAUAAAGAGAACCAACCAUCUCGGUCUACUUCUGCAAACAAUAAUAAUCUGUUGGCUGUCGAACUGGAUAACUUCGUGGACACACCCAUCACAUUGGCCAAGUACUUAAAGAGUAUUUUCGUGAUGCCCAAAUCAAUGCGAAUACUUGCAUUAACAAACCUACUCUGCUGGAUGGGUCACGUGACAUAUUGUUUGUAUUUUACGGACUUCGUAGGAGAAGCGGUAUUCCACGGGGAUCCGACGGCCCUACCUGGAACGGCGGCAGCUAACUUGUAUGAAGCUGGAAUUCGCUUUGGUUGUUGGGGAAUGUCGGUGUAUGCUCUUUCCUGCUCCAUUUAUUCAAUUUCAGUGACCAAACUGAGGAAGGUAUUAGGGACCAAAAUUGUUUAUAUUACUGGCAUAUUAUACUAUGGAAUCGGGAUGUUGAUACUAGCCAUCUGGCCCACCAAAUGGGGAGUAAUAGUUUUCAGCACUUCGGCAGGAAUAUUGUACGGCACGCUUUUCACAAUCCCGUACAUAUUGGUCGCUAAUUAUCAUGCUAAGGAUUGUUUCCGCAUGCAUAAUGGCGAAUCAGUUCCUCUCAAACAGGCCCGUGGUUUGGGUACAGAUGUGGCGAUCAUUAGCAGCAUGGUGUUCAUAGCGCAGCUGGUAAUCUCACUGUCGAUAGGCCCGUUAAUAUCUUGGAUGCAAACGACUUGUGCCAUAUUAUAUGCAUCUACUUUUCUAGCAUUUCUUGCUGCAAUAUCGGCUAUGUUUGUUUUAUAUGUGUAGAAUAUAGAUAUGUGCUAUAUAUACAUACAUAUGUAUGUAUUACAGCUCGACAAAUAUAUAUGUACAUGAAUAAAAUUAUAUACCAAAAACUACGUUUAUCGCGAUAAAGUAUUAGUUGUAAACACAUUCUGCAAUGAAAACAGUUUUAAAAUGA